AUGGGAAAAUUGUCAUGUUUGCUCACUGGUCAGAAAGAAUUACUCUAUGAUUUGGAAAAGAAUCAGAUUAAAGUUGUAUUGCGAGAACAAUGUGGAAUUUUAACUGCUAUCUCUGCCCAGCCUACAAUUAUUGAAGAAAUCAGAGAGAAACAACUGGAAGAUGAGUUCUUGAAAAAGAUUGUAAAAGAAUUUGACUCAAAAUCAAGGUCGGGAUUCGUAAUUGAGAACAAUGUAUUGAAAUUUCAGAAUCGCCUUUGUGUGUCGGAUUGUUCUGAUUUAAGGAAACGCAUCAUGAUUGAAGCUCACAACUCCAAAUUUGCCAUAUAUCCGGGAAAUACAAAGAUGUAUCAUGACUUGAAACAAAAUUUCUGGUGGCCUAGGAUGAAAAAGUGUAUUGUAGAUUUUGUGGCGAGAUAUCUACAAUGCCAACAAGUUAAAGCUGAACAUCAAUGA